AUGUAUGAAUUAGUUUGCUUAGGAAAUCCUUUAUUGGAUUUACAAUUAAAUGUCGAUAAAGCUUAUUUAGAAAAAUAUGACUUAAAAGAUAACGAUGCCAUUUUAGCCGAAGAAAAACACUUACCAAUCUAUGAAGAAAUCUUAAAAAACCCAGAUUUGAUCUUAGUUGCCGGAGGUGCUGCUCAAAAUACUGCUAGAGGUGCUCAAUAUAUCUUACCACCAAACUCUGUUUGUUACUUCGGUUGUGUUGGUAAUGAUGUCUAUAAGGAUAAAUUAGUUGAAGCCAACUCCCAAUAUGGUUUAACUACCAAAUACAUGAUCGAUGAAGAACAUGAAACUGGUAAAUGUGCUGCUUUAAUCUACCAACACCAUAGAUCUUUAGUUACCGAUUUAGCUGCUGCCAACCACUUCAAACCAGAACAUUUCGAUAUUCCAGAAAACUGGAAAAUUGUUGAAAAUGCUAAAGUUUUCUACAUUGGUGGUUUCCAUUUAACUGUUUCUCCAGAAGCUAUUGUUAAAUUAGGUAAACAUGCUGCUGAAAAUAACAAACCUUUUGCUAUUAACUUAUCAGCUCCUUUCAUUCCUCAAUUUUUCAAAGCUGCUUUAGAUCAAGUCUUACCUUAUGCUGAUUACAUUAUCGCUAAUGAAUCUGAAGCUGAAGCUUUCGCUGGUGCUUAUGAAUUGCAAGAUAAAGACAUUGUCUCUAUUGCCAAAUACAUUGCCAAAUUACCAAAAGUUUCAUCUAAACCAAGAACUGUUAUCUUCACUCAAGGUACUGAAGAAACUGUUACUGUUUCAGCUGAAGGUGAUGAUUUCGUUAUCAACAAAUUCCCAGUUCAUUUAUUAGAAGAAGGUAAAAUUGCCGAUUCUAAUGGUGCUGGUGAUGCUUUUGCUGCUGGUUUCAUUGCUUCAGUUGUUGAAGGUAAAUCAUUAAAUGAUUCAGUUGAUGUUGGUCAAUGGGCUGCCAAACUUUCUUUACAAGAAGUUGGUCCAUCUUUCCCUUUCCCAAAGCAAACUUUCGCUUAG